AUGGACAGUACCACCUGGAGCCCCGUGACCACCGGGACUCCUGCGCCCAUCCCGCCCCACGAGCGCAUCCGCAAUGCAGCUGACAUCUCUGUCAUCGUCGUCUACUUCGUGGUGGUGAUGGCUGUCGGGCUGUGGGCUAUGUUUUCCACUAAUCGUGGGACCGUUGGAGGCUUCUUCCUGGCAGGUCGAAGUAUGGUGUGGUGGCCGAUUGGAGCUUCUCUCUUCGCCAGUAACAUCGGAAGUGGCCACUUUGUGGGGCUGGCCGGGACGGGAGCAGCUGCGGGCAUUGCCACCGGGGGCUUUGAAUGGAAUGCUCUGAUUUUGGUGGUUGUGCUGGGCUGGGUGUUUGUCCCUAUUUACAUCAAGGCUGGGGUGGUGACGAUGCCAGAGUAUCUGAGGAAGCGAUUUGGAGGCAAGCGGAUCCAGAUAUACCUCUCCAUUCUGUCCCUGUUGCUCUACAUUUUCACCAAGAUCUCGGCAGACAUUUUCUCUGGGGCCAUAUUCAUCAACUUGGCCUUGGGCUUGGAUCUGUACUUGGCCAUCUUUCUCUUAUUGGCAAUCACUGGCAUUUACACAAUCACAGGGGGCCUGGCAGCUGUGAUCUACACGGACACCUUGCAGACAGCGAUCAUGCUCGUGGGGUCUUUUAUCCUGACUGGGUUUGCUUUUCAUGAAGUGGGAGGGUAUGAGGCCUUCAUGGAAAAGUACAUGAAAGCCAUUCCAACUGUGGUUUCUGAUGGAAACGUCACCAUCAAAAGUGAAUGCUACACCCCAAGGAACGACUCCUUCCACAUCUUCCGAGAUCCCCUCAAGGGAGACCUGCCAUGGCCUGGGCUCAUUUUCGGGUUGUCCAUCCUCGCCCUGUGGUACUGGUGCACAGAUCAGGUCAUUGUGCAGCGCUGCCUCUCAGCCAAAAACAUGUCUCACGUGAAGGCCGGCUGUGUGAUGUGUGGGUACCUGAAGCUGCUACCCAUGUUCCUCAUGGUGAUGCCAGGAAUGAUCAGCCGCAUCCUGUAUACAGAAAAAAUUGCCUGCGCCCUCCCCUCAGAAUGUGAGAAAUACUGCGGCACCAAAGUUGGCUGUACCAACAUCGCCUACCCAACCCUGGUGGUGGAGCUCAUGCCCAAUGGACUGCGAGGCCUGAUGCUGUCAGUCAUGCUGGCCUCUCUCAUGAGCUCCCUGACCUCCAUCUUCAACAGCGCCAGCACCCUAUUCACCAUGGACAUCUACACCAAGAUCCGGAAGAGAGCAACCGAGAAAGAACUCAUGAUUGCAGGAAGAUUGUUCAUCCUGGUGCUGAUUGGCAUCAGCAUCGCUUGGGUGCCAGUGGUACAGUCAGCACAAAGUGGGCAGCUCUUCGAUUACAUCCAGUCCAUCACCAGUUAUUUGGGACCACCCAUCGCAGCUGUCUUCCUGCUUGCUGUUUUCUGCAAGAGAGUCAAUGAGUCGGGAGCCUUCUGGGGACUGAUCUUAGGAUUUCUGAUUGGGGUGUCCCGUAUGAUUGCCGAGUUUGCUUAUGGGACUGGGAGCUGCAUGGAGCCUAGCGACUGUCCCACGAUUAUCUGUGGGGUGCACUACCUGUACUUUGCGAUCAUCCUGUUUGUCAUUUCUGUCAUCAUCAUCUUGAUCGUCUCCCUCUUCACCAAGCCCAUUCCAGAUGUGCAUCUCUACCGCCUGUGUUGGACCCUGCGCAACAGCAAAGAGGAGCGUAUUGACCUGGAUGCAGGCGAGGAGGACAUCCAUGAAGCACCAGAGGAGACCCUUGAAAUAGACACAGAAGUUCUCGAGGAGGAGAAAGGAUGCUGCAGGAAAGCCUAUGACCUGUUUUGUGGCCUGGACCAGCAGAAGGGCCCGAAGAUGACCAAGGAAGAGGAGGCAGCCAUGAAGCUAAAGCUGACAGACACGUCCGAGAAGCCCCUGUGGAGGACAAUUGUGAACAUCAACGGCAUCAUCCUGCUGGCCGUGGCCGUCUUCUGCCACGCGUUUUUUGCCUGA